AUGUGGACAAUAAGACACGCAGUUCUUCCUGCACUCACAUCUCGUCAGCUCUCGGCCCAGGGGCACCACCGAAUACACAACAUCGCCGGCGUCCGCAGCGCCGCGGCCAUGGUGCCAGAAGGCGCCUGGGACACGCAUAUUCAUGUGUUUGAGCCGGACCGGUUCCCGUACGCGGAGCCUCGUCGCUACACGCCCAAAGCGGCCGCGCUGACGGCAUAUCCGGCGGCCGCGCGGACGGGCUGCACCAACAUUGUCGUCGUGCACGCGUCGAUGCAGGGCCAAACGGCGGCGCCGCUGGUCGAUCUGCUGCGCCGCCAAGAGACGGACCCACAAAUUCGAAGCCGGUUCGGCGUGCUGCGCGGACUAACGGCGCUAGAUCCAGACGCCGUGACGGACGACGAGCUCGACGCGCUGCACAAGGCCGGCGUGCGUGGCUGUCGGCUGCACGAAAACGCGGCCGAUGCCAGCAAGGCCGGUGUGGUGGCCGGCAUAGCCGCCAAGAUCGAGGCGCUCGCCCGACGCACUGCUCGGCUGGGCUGGAUCGUCGACGUGUUUUGCCCGCUGGCCGUCUGGGCGGCGCUGGCCGACAAGUUGCGCAGCAGCAGCAACAACAACCGCAUCGACCCGCGUGUUCAUCUGGUGGCCGACCACCUGGCCAGCACGCUGCCUGGCGCCGAGACCACGCUGGCCUUCCGAGAGCUGCUGGCGCUCGUGCGUGAGCGCCGUCUUUUUGUCAAACUCUCCGGCUUCGACCGGCUCUACCAUGAUAACGACGGCAUCGACAGCCUCGCUGCUGCCAUCAAGGCCCUCGUCGCUGCCGGCCCCGACCAGAUCCUCUUCGGCUCCGACUGGCCGCACACCCAGCUGGACGUCAACCGCGCUGGCAAAACGGCCGAGCAGCGCCUGCACGACGUCGAGGGCUUCCGCCACGUCGACAAUGCUGCCCACAUUGCCAAGCUGCGCGAGUGGAUCCCCGACGACGAGACCUGGCACAAGCUUUGGGUGGCCAACCCCCAGCGGCUGUUUGCGUAG